AUGUUUCAGCGUUUCACCAGCCUCUUCUUCAGUGACAGCAGCACGCCGGAAGGCUUGGAGGAGCCCAAACCCUUUGUCGAGGAGGAGGAGGAGGAGGAUGGCUGGCUCGUGAUUGAUCUUGCAGGUGAGAAAAGCAGGAGGGACUCACUGCGGAGAGCUGGUGGAGGUGGAUGGCCCCCCCUGCUGAGGCCAGUUCCCUCAGAUCCCCCUGCGGCACCCCCAGGUCCGCCGCCGCCGCCGGAUGCUUCCCCAGCUCUGGCCGGUCCCUGCUUGAUGGACGAGAGUUGGUUUGUCACCCCUCCCCCCUGUUUUACUGCAGAGGGGCCCGGCCCCGACAUCGUGGGGAGCAGCCCCAUGGAGGACCUGCUCAUCGAGCACCCCAGUAUGUCCGUCUACGUCACCAGCACCCUUGAGGUGGACGGAGAGGGCCUCGAGGAUGAUGCUGCUGGGGAGGUGCCGGAGCCCCGGCUGGAGCGGCACGUGCCGCACCACACGAAGCCUGUUUGUCCUGACGAGCCUGUGACACCAGUGCCUUUCUUCAUGACGUCAUGA